GAUUUUUCAUUUUCAGUUUUAAUUGAAAUUCGGAACAGCGGAGAUUGUGCUUUGGGGCACAAUGUGGAUUUUUUCUGUCCUUUUUAUUCAAAUUGUUCUCGUGCAUUGUCUACGGGGACGAGUUUCGAUACGAUCUGAUAAUUUGUCAGAUAGCAAUCAAGUGAAUUGUGGUCACAAUUAUCAAAGUAAUUGUCUUAUUGAAGCCACUUUCAGCAAUUCAUUGUCGAAUGAAACGAUCGAUGUUCUUGUUAAUUGUACGAAUGACAAUGACGCUGUGAUGUCCAAGAAGAUGCAAAAUCAAUUUUCAAAAAUUGAAAAAAUUAUAUGGAACGGAUGUUAUGCUGUGAACAAUGUGAAAUUUUUUGGCUUAAGAAAAAUCUCAAAUCGGAAAGAUGUGAAAAUGUUAAAAAUAGAAAAGUUUACGGUAGAUACAAUUGAGAUUGGGACAUUCGAUGAGUUUACGCAAUUGAGAAUUUUAUCAUUCGAGUUCAAUUUUAUCGAAUAUUUAUUAUCGUCAUGCUUCAGAGGACUGGAAAAUUUGUUCAUGUUACAAAUGAUUGAAAACAAUUUGAAACGGAUCAGUCCGGAGACAUUGGGCGUUCUUACAAAAUUAAAUACCCUACAAAUUGUCGAUAGGACCUUAUUUAUAGCUAAUCAUCAAUUUACUUCGAAUCAAAUUGUCGAGAAUGUCGCAAUAGAUAUUUAUUACAUUGAAAUGGAUCUCAUGGAGCAUCUUUUCAAUCACGUUCAAAAUUUAUCAAUUUUAUUAUCAUUCAAUGACGAUGAUCAUGAUAACGAAUUAGUUGAAUGUGAUGUGCGAAUGAUUGGAUAUGAGACGAAGUGGAUGAUUGAAAAUUUAAGACUGGACAACAUAAGAUGUCAAUUUAUUGCUGAGCAUGUUGAGACACUCAAGAGUCUUGAGUUGAGAAAAAUUGAAAAAUUCGGAAUUGAACUUAAAAAUUUAAUAAAUCUCAAAAAUUUAACAAUUUCAUUUUGUGACUUGAAAGAGCUGACAACAAAUUUACUAGCUGGUGACUUUAAUGAACUUGAAUAUUUAGAUUUAAGUCACAACAAAUUGUCAACAAUCAACAUGUCAAUUUUCCAUUCAUUCACGAAAUUAAAACAAAUAAAUUUCAACAGCAAUCACAUCCACACACUCGAUGAACUGGACCAUCCGAACAUAUUAAAUAUUCAUAUUCAUGUCGAUUAUAAUUCAUUAGAUUGUGAAUGGCUUACAAGCAUCUCAUCACACGAUAUUUUCGACAAUUUCAUUUAUGUUAGGAAUUUCAAAUUCAUAAAUGUAAAUGGCCUACAAUGUUCACUUCAUCAGCAGCAAUCAAUGUCGAGGGUGGCAUUAUCACUUCUUUCAACACAUUCGUCUGUUGCCAGCAUAACGGAAUUUCAUGAUGAAAAUUUCAAUGUUAAGCCGAAAAUAUUCGCAUUUAUUAUAUGUUGUACGUUCCUACUGGGUAUUGCCAUUACAUUUAUUCUCAUCUACACGUACAACAGAAUACAGUUGUUGAACCAUCAGCCAUUUUACCACAUGUUGCGUGACUCCCUCAUUCGACCGUUUUCCAGUGCACGUGAUACACUCGCAAGUGAUUUUAAAGGAAUCAUUUUUAGGAAUUUACCACCGACAAAUUAUGAGCAUCCAAUUUCCACUGAAAAAUUUGAUGAUACAGAACUGAGCGAGUUGAAUGAAAAUAUUUAUGAAGAGAUACCGCAUAAGCACGCAUGAUUUUUCCUGACUGUUCCUUGGAGCUUUUUUUUCCGGUUACUAACAAAAUAUUACUUCAUAAAGGUAUUCAUUUCACGCAAAUCGGAGCAUCCUUGCUUUUCUCCUUUUUUUAUUUGGGGUGCAUGUCAAUGUUUCUGACCUUUCUCAAUCUUCAUUUCAACCGGAGCAUUAGGAUAGAUGAGAAAAUUUGCAUUCGAAAAAAAAAAUUCUCAGUAAUGAAAGUCAACGAUAUCCUCAACUGAGCUUGUGUUGCGUCAAUCAUGCCCCAAACAUUCAUCAUGAUUUUUUUUAACAUGAAAAUGAGGUCAGCUCAUUUUGCAACCGUAAUUGAGAAUUUUUGGUGUAAUUUUGCAGAUAGACAUGAUAGAUGAGUUGAGUUCUGAUAUUGCCUUGACAUUUGCAACAUUCCAUCAUCUUUUGCUGUAUUUGAUGAAGAAUUUUCAAAUUUGAAAUUUUCUGGAGAUUGAAAUUUAAUAUCAAUCGAGAAUUCAAAGAUUUUAGUUGAGUACAAAAAUGUUUACGAAUUAAUCCCGGCAGCAAUAGGAAUGCUAGAUAUUUAACAGUCAACGAAUGUUUCAUUAAUUUUUGCUUCAUAUAAAUCUAAGCCUAGAUUAAAUUUCAACAUUGUAUCAUAGAAGUUGGAUGUUCCUGCAUAACUAAGCUAUAUUAAAUGUAUGAAAAGCUAUUUUCGGAUUAUUUUCCUAAAUUUGAUGCACAACAAAAUUCAAAGAAUAUGCUACAUCGACAACCUGCGGACGUCUAAAAUGGUUCAAAAGUUUAAUAUUGUUACACAAAAAAAAAUCUAGAAAUUUCAUUUUGCCAAGUGAAUAAAACAAAAACUAAAACAUGAUGUCUAUACAUCCCUCAGAACUCAAUUGAAUAGUUGACAGAUAUUUAAUAAACUUUUUUUUGAAUAAUAAAAUUGAUUCUAGAUUGAAAAUUGUUAGGUGGAAAACAUGUGUUGGUUCCGAAGGUAACAAAAUUUUGUCAAACAACGCAUUGCCAUCCUGAUGCAGCUGUUCUCAUACCUUUUUUAAAUGUGACAGACUUUUAUUAUAUUCGCGACACCUUUAAAGCUAUUAGGAAUACUAAUGUGUGUCAACGAAAAUAGUUUGCGCAACACUGUCUUAAUGAAAUCAUUGCUACCAUAAAUAAAUUGAAUGUGCAUGUAGGAGAAUGAUUGCAUUUGAUUCAUAGUGCUUUUUAGGAUAAUACCUUGAAUGCUGAUGUCCUGUAAAUAAUUGAGAUCAUAUGCUGCUUGAAAAUUUCGAAAGUCAAUGAAACAAAACUUUGUUCUUGUAUUUUUAUUUGAAUAAAAGUUCAAAAC